AUGAAUACUAGAGCUUCAAAGAAACAGAGUUUACCUUUACAUAUUCCUCCAGGUAUGAAACAUAAGAUAGUUUAAUGGACAUGCUAAGCUAUUUUAUCUAUAUUUUAAAUUAUUCAUUUAUUAUUUAGAAACAAGAACAAAGUAAGAAGAGCUAAUUGGUGAACCAGUUAUUACAAAAGUAAAUAUAGAUAAUGAGGAAUCUAAUAACAAGAUUACAAGUUUGAAUUUUCGCUACAAUUAAGGCAUUAAAAAACUAUAAAUUACCAAAACAUAUCCUAAUGAGAAAAGUGGUAAUUGUAUUAAAAUAUGUCAGGUUUUAAAGCUCAUAAAACUAGGAAUAAACCAAUAGUCUUGAAUUUAUUAAAUUGUUUAAAAUAAGGUGUUGAUGGUAAACUAUAUGAUGUUAUGGAUGUCAAUACUUAUAUUUAAUUUAUGAAUGACUAAUAACAAUCAUAAAACAUUCCUAAAUCUUUAAAGUGUAAAUGUAAUAAAUCUAUGUGCUUAAAACAAUAUUGUGACUGUUUUGCAAAUGGAAAUAUGUGUACUACAUAAUGUCAAUGCCAGGGAUGUCAUAAUACUGAAGAGUAUUUAGAGGAGAGAGAUGAAGCAAUAAAUAAAUUGAAAAUGUAAAAUUAAUCAAUUGAAGUAUUUAAUAAAUAAUAAUUAAAAGAAAGAAGUACCUAUUGGAAUUAGUUGUAAAUGUAAAAAAUCAAAAUGCUUAAAACGUUAUUGUGAUUGUUUUCAGAAUAAUUAGAAAUGCAAUGAAACUUGUUAAUGCUUUAAUUGCUCAAAUUAAUUGGAAAAAGUAGAAUAGGGGGAUUAAAGAUUAAUGAUGAAUUCUAUAUCAUAAUUUGAUGAAAAUAGUAGAUUGGCAAAAUCACCCAUAGUUUAUAAUAGAUAAGGGCUUUUUAAAAGAGCUGAUAGUAUGAACUAUUCAAAUUCCUUUGGUUAUUCUAGAAGUAUAUAAAAUAAUAAUUAUAAAUUAAUAAAGGAAUGCUAAUACAACAUGAAGGACCAUAUUUUUUAAAGUAAGACUCAUAAGGAUUUAAUUGAAUAACAUAAUAACUGUAAUUAUAAUUCAAUUUUGUAAAUUGUAUCAUGGAAGACUCUUUCUGAUGUUCUCUAGUGUUUAUGUAAUAUGAUUGACAGAAGUAGUGAGCUAAAGAAUAAUUAACGAAUUGAUACUUGUUCAGCAGUACUUUUGAUUCCAUUUAUUUAAGCUUCCAAUUAAUUGAGUUUUUCUGGUACAGCUUUAAGAGUAACAGCAUUUCUUUGUAUAGCAGCAAAAUCAUCUUCAAUUUAUUGCAUUUGAGGAACUUAACAUUAA